GUAGCAUUAAUCACAAUUUUUCAGACCUCAUUCCUAUGUGCAUAUAAAAAGGCAAAGAAGUUGUAACAAAUCUCAGGUCAAAGUUGCAACAACAAUGAACACAGUCUCUUUUCUUACCCUUUCUUUCUUUUUCCUUUGUUUUAGUAUUUCUUUUUCUCAAGCUGUAAGCAACGGUUUUAGUAUUGAACUUAUACACCGUGACUCCUCAAAAUCACCUUUCUACAAACCUACACAAAACAAAUACCAACAUGUUGUCGAUGCAGUACAUCGUUCGAUCAAUCGUGUCAAUCACUCUAACAAAAAUUCUCUUGCAAGUACACCUGAAUCAACUGUAAUCUCUUAUGAGGGUGAUUAUAUCAUGAGCUAUUCAGUUGGCACCCCACCAAUUAAGUCAUAUGGUAUUGUCGAUACAGGUAGUGACAUUGUAUGGCUACAAUGCGAGCCUUGUGAACAAUGUUACAAUCAAACCACUCCUAAGUUUAAUCCAUCAAAGUCAUCGAGUUACAAAAACAUUUCUUGUUCGUCUAAACUAUGUCAAUCUGUGAGAGAUACCUCUUGCAAUGACAAAAAAAAUUGCGAAUAUUCUAUCAAUUAUGGCAAUCAAUCACAUUCACAAGGAGAUCUUAGUCUUGAGACUCUUACAUUGGAAUCUACCACUGGGCGUCCUGUUUCAUUUCCUAAAACUGUUAUAGGAUGUGGAACUAACAAUAUAGGGUCGUUUAAACGCGUAAGCUCUGGUGUAGUUGGCCUUGGAGGUGGACCUGCAUCUCUAAUAACACAAUUGGGACCGUCAAUUGGUGGUAAAUUCUCUUAUUGUUUGGUGCGAAUGUCAAUUACGUUAAAAAAUAUGUCUAUGGGGUCGAGUAAACUCAAUUUUGGAGAUGUCGCAAUUGUUUCUGGUCACAAUGUAUUGUCAACUCCUAUAGUUAAAAAAGACCAUUCAUUUUUCUACUAUUUGACAAUAGAAGCAUUUAGCGUUGGAGACAAAAGAGUAGAAUUUGCAGGGUCCUCAAAAGGUGUUGAAGAAGGUAACAUCAUAAUUGAUUCAAGUACAAUUGUGACAUUUGUACCAUCUGAUGUUUAUACUAAAUUGAAUUCAGCAAUCGUAGAUUUGGUGACACUAGAACGAGUUGAUGAUCCUAAUCAACAAUUUAGUCUAUGUUACAAUGUUUCAUCAGAUGAAGAAUAUGAUUUUCCUUAUAUGACCGCACAUUUUAAAGGUGCGGAUAUUUUGUUGUAUGCUACUAAUACGUUUGUCGAAGUUGCUAGAGAUGUUCUUUGCUUUGCUUUUGCCCCGUCUAACGGUGGUGCCAUCUUUGGAAGCUUUUCUCAACAAGAUUUCAUGGUUGGUUAUGACCUUCAACAAAAAACUGUGUCUUUUAAGUCUGUAGAUUGUACCGAAGGGCAAUGAGCAAUGUGGGUUGAAGUCUAUGUUUUUUAGUUACA